AUGCACAUGUGCACAAGUAUAUAAAAACAUGGUUUAAAGCCGACAGGCUUUUAAAUUGCGCUCACUACUGCUGGAGGAUCAAAUUACUUGCAACAGUUUUAAGCACACACCACUAAGUAAUGACUCGUCACUGGGUUGAGCGAAUUCACCACAAAUGAACAAAUUGUUGGUAUGUAUACGGACACAUAGAUAAGUAUUUAUGUUUAACGGUAAUGCGUUGCAUAGAGUUUGUAGACUGAGAGCAAUUUUCUAAUGCAAACUAUACAUCAGUUGCUCGCCUUAACUGAAACUGUGCAGUUGCAUCGCUCCGAAUCGCCACAUAUCGGGUAUUCACGAUAAGAAAUUUUAUUGGCUGAGAUGCAAAUUCCAAAAUAAACGGUAUUUUUGUUUACAAUAUACACACACACACACAUACCGUCGUGCACCAUGUUUUUCAAGCGUCGUCAGAAGUCUGCAUUGCGACCGUCGAGAGCAUACUACCACUCCAAUGAGCCGCCUUCCAUUCAGUCCCAUAAUGAUCAGCGGCCGUUUUUGUCACGUGCACGCUUCAGUGCCCUGCCACAUUUACACAAAAUCGAGGAAAAAGAGAAUUUAACCCUCUUCAUUGCAAUCCUUUAUGUCGUCGAUUUAUUCGGUGUGCUCCCAUUAAUAACGCUCCCGGCACUGCUGGUGCAAUUAGGUGUCCUUGGCAUACCUAUUGUCUUGUCCGUUAUAGUGCUACAAAUAUACACUUCGUUUUUACUCAGUCAGUGCUGGAUUAUGGCUGAGUCCUUCGAUCCAUCGAUAUCACAAAAGAGCAGAUAUCCCUAUGCCGCUAUUGCCGAUUUAGCUUAUGGACCCUGCCUGAGCUUGUUCGUGCGAAUCUUGCUCGAUAUAAGUAUAUUUGCGACGGCCAUACCAAGUCUACUGUUAGCAGCGCAAAAUCUGGAACUUGUCGGCAAGCGCAUAACGGAUAAUGAGUUCUCCUUCUCCUUUUGCUACUGGGUUAUUGUAAUAGGAGUAUUUUGCUGUCCGCUGAUGUGGCUACGCAGUCCCAAACAUAUGCGGGGACUGACGAUUUUCUCGCUUGUUGUACUCGUUGUAAUUGUGCUUCUUUUGUGGUUUUGCCUUUUCACAUCCGCACCGCUGGGCAAACCCUUCGAAGGUGUCAGCUUAGAAUUGCCAUCGUUAUUGGCUUUGCUGAAUGGUUAUAGCAUUUUGGCUUUCCAGUUUGACAUCCACCCCAUGUUACUUACCUUGCAAAUCGAUAUGCAGCAGAGAUCUCAAGUUUACUGGGCCGCCUUCAGUGGCAUCACAAUAACAUGCAGCAUAGCCAUCUUCGGUUCCAUUAUUGCGGUAUAUAAAUUCGGUUCAAUGAUCGCGGAUAAUCUUUUGGAGACAUUGCCGAAGAGUGUGGCGUUAUAUAUUCUGCUUAUACUUAUGGCAUUGCAGUUGUGUUUUUCAAUUAUUGUCGGCAGUUCUGCCAUGUUUUUACAAAUUGAAAAUUAUCUGCGUAUCAAUGAAGCUUUCUCAUGGAAACGCAUUGCACUCCGUUCCACCGUUGUCGGUCUUGAAGUGCUCAUAGCCGAAUUUGUACCCAGUUUUGAUGUACUCAUGGAUAUCGUAGGCGGCACGAUUAUUGCACCAUUGGUUUUUAUACUACCGCCGUUACUAUAUAGACGCAUAAGCCAAAUGAAAAGCAUACAUCAGCGCGUUGCAACCGAGUCGGCAUAUGGCAGUAUACCACUCGAUUUGAACUUCGAGCCCGUGCAUACGGAUAUGGAGCAGCUAUUGAUGCUGGAACAGCAACAGCGUCGUGGUGUGUCGCUUUCUUGGCGAUUAAGAUUCCAUAAAUGCUGGUUACAAAUUUCAAAAUAUUGGCAUCGUCUGAAAUGCGAUUUGACGUUGUCGCUGUCGGUGAUGCUUUUCGGUGCGGCAGCGACUAUAAUUUCCACAUAUUUGAAUAUAUUUAGUAUUCAUGAUCUAUUCCGAUACGAGGCAACAUGUUUCUUUAAUAUGACAAAAGAUAUUUCCAAAACUCAGAAACAUUAAAUAUUUAUAAGCAUGACGUCUUCUCUUUAUUAUUUAAUAUAUUUUUUUAAUUUUUGUAGCAA